ACGCCCAGCGCCGCGGACGUCACGGAGCGGCGCCGAGGCGGCGCGUUGAUUGAGCGCUAGGCGGGAGUGAUCGGUUCGGCGGUCCCGGGGCUCGGACCCAAACCCAGGCGGGGACGUAGGGCGAGCUGUCCUGAUCCGGGCAGAGGGGGCGCCCUGCUUCGGCCUCCCCACACCGAGGCGAACCACCCGGCCCCCGCCCCCAGGUCACGGCAGCCAGGAUGACCACGCUUACGCGACAGGACCUCAACUUUGGCCAAGUGGUGGCCGACGUGCUCUGCGAGUUCCUGGAGGUGGCCGUGCACCUGAUUCUGUACGUACGUGAGGUCUACCCGGUGGGCAUCUUCCAGAAGCGCAAGAAGUACAAUGUGCCGGUGCAGAUGUCCUGCCAUCCGGAGCUGAAUCAGUACAUCCAGGACACGCUGCACUGCGUCAAGCCACUCCUGGAGAAGUUCUGUCCUGGCUGGGCCAUCACAGUUUCCCCUGCUGCUGUCCUGGGGCCUGGAUGGGAGCCAGCCAUCCUCUCCUCCCAGCCUGGACCACUCAGUCCAAAGAACGAUGUGGAGAAAGUGGUGGUGGUGAUUUUAGAUAAAGAGCAUCGACCUGUGGAGAAGUUUGUCUUUGAGAUCACUCAGCCUCCCUUGCUGUCCAUCAGUUCUGACUCCUUGCUCUCCCAUGUGGAGCAGCUGCUCCGAGCCUUCAUCCUGAAGAUCAGCGUGUGUGAUGCUGUCCUGGACCACAAUCCCCCAGGCUGUACCUUCACCGUCCUGGUACACACGAGAGAAGCUGCCACUAGAAACAUGGAGAAGAUCCAGGUCAUCAAGGACUUCCCCUGGAUCCUGGCAGAUGAGCAGGACGUCCACAUGCACGAUCCCCGGCUGAUACCCCUAAAAACCAUGACAUCAGACAUUUUAAAGAUGCAGCUCUACGUGGAAGAGCGAGCUCAUAAAAGCAGCUGAGGAUGAGCCUGCACCCACUGAUGCCACGACUGUCGGACUCUGGGGACCCAGCUGCGACAGCGGUGUGGGCCCUGCCUCCAAGUGCUCUUACUGCCCCUGUGCAGGUGCCACCCUCCAGCUAGGGCUGCCCAAGUCCACUUGGUUUCAUGGAGGAGGCAUCUCCAGGAGGGCAGAGAGGGAUGCUGGGACCUCAAUUUCCCAUCUCUUGGGGCUCAACCGGCUGACACGGUCUGUCUCAAAUACUGUGAGUUGUUUUAAUAAAGUGCCCCAAGGGCUGGCUGGGGUGUCUCUCCGAGGGACAGGUACAACCAGG